GGCUGAUCGAAGGGCACUGGUGUCUCACAAGUGUUUGUAUGGCAAUGCACACACAAGACAACUCGCAGGGUCUGUACUCGAGGGCACAAAAAAUCCAACAUGACGCACAGAAAAAACACCUCACUCGCUCAUCAUACAUUUGAGCCUCAUCGGCUCAAUCGAUCGAUCGACACGCCAGUUCUUCCAUCCUAACCCGCCCUAAUGUCAUAUGGCUAGUAGAGUGCCGUCUUCUCCUUGACGAAUGUCCGCCUCGCCUCGACAUCAGACGGAUCGUACGGAUACAUGCUCCGAGGGUAGUACCUGCCAGCCAGCCAGCCGCCCUCGGGUGUGGUGUGAAGGGUAUUAUUCGUGCUCACCUCUCUGAUUUUGUGUCCCCGUGAGCAUAGUCAAAUCGCCCCUCCUCCAGCUGGUACGCCACAUACGAGUUCCUGUGGCCGAACUUGACAACCGCACCGAGAAUCCGAAAGGGAUUCCCUUUCUGUGCAUCGACAGGCACACACACAGGGGGAGGCAGGCUCUCUGUAAUGUUGGUGUGGUCUCCUGGAUGAGUGUCGGUAUACCUCGGGCGUGAUCGUUCUGAAGACAAAGAUGUCGUCGAAUGACUUGGCAAAGUCCAAACGCUCCUGCCUGCCGGUGGUCCCCAUCAUGCCAUCGGGGCUAGGGACGUCCUGAUCGAUACACACAAACGGACGGACGAUGCGCUGCCCUUUUCCUUGCCGCAUCCCCGCUCGCAGGCAAUGGCGUACCCGCAGCCUUGGAUUCAGCAUUAUAAAGGGGCGUGCACCCACUGCCUCCUGCAUCUCAUCCAGCACCUCAACGAUCGGGGUGCUCUUCUGCAAUGCAUUACACGCAGACACCCAUGUGGACGCACAAGAGGGCAUGGAAGCUUGUUGUGCUCACGGCGGUUUGCGGGCAGAAGACGAUGAAGAUGUCGUCGUCAUCCUCCACAAACUGAGGUCCCACGCCGCCGAAUCGCACCUUCCCAUCUAACCUGAACACACACGAGGCCACUGAGCUGGGGUCAUGUGUUUGGCCUCCAUCCCUCACCUUGGUGGGAGGCUCUCUGCUGCGACGACCUCACUGAGCGACUUGAGGCCUCGUGCGGGGAUGGGCUCCUCACGCUGCAGCCGCAUCAACAGUGCACACACCACAUGUAGGCCAAUCCGGGCAUACAAAGAUCGUGUGUGUCGUGGUGUGUGCGUGCCUACAGGUUGGUAUGGCUCUGAACCAUCACCCCUGUAAGAGGAAAUGGAGAGAAUGGAUGGGUGUACACUAGCUGGACGCUUAUUUGGUCUGAAGAACAUCUUCCGCACCAGUCCAUCAUACCGAACAUCUUCCGCACCCCGGCCAACGGCAGAGGGGUGCCCUGACGAAAGCCUAUCUCCACCGCACCCUGAAACAGCCAAAGCGGCGGACGCAGACACACACAAAGGAUUCAAUGCAUUCAUCUGCCUCGCCAGCUGUAUACCUACCUGUAUGCAAAUCUUGACAUUUCGUCCGGUCUCCUUGACGACGUACAGGGCGACCUCCCUGACCAGCUCCAUCAGUGUGGCCACGCGGUACGUGUCAAUAGUUGGAUUGGUCUCGGGCACAUUGAUCCGCAGUCGCAUCUUCGACGACGCGUAGUCGCGAUCGAUCACGGCCUGGUGAACAGCAAAGGCGGCGCUGCGAUAGAACCACUCACUGCGACACAUACAGACAGACACCAAUGCAGGGAAGACAGGCGUAGCUCGUAUCUCGUUUGCACACCGGACGGCUUGACUCAUUGGUACGCUGUUCACCUGCACACACACAGACGUGUACGCAGCGAUGCCCCAUUUCUCCGUCUGAGUGUGUCUGUUUGUCUGACAUUGAGGCCCAUUGGCAGCUCCUGAGAUGACCCGAUGGGGAUGGCCAUCAAACUGCCAUCAAGAACAGGCACAAGACAACGAAUGAAUACGACACAAUGAUCACCUCACUCGCAGCUGCGUGCAUGGAUGUACCUCGCGAUGCUCUUGGCGCGAUCGGCCCUCCUGCUGAGCGCCAUCAACGCCUGCUUCAACCCAUCAACUGCACACCAAAUCCACGCAAUCAGCCACAAGAGCAUCCAAAGGCUUCGGCGUGAGCUCACCAGUGGUCACUCGUCCAUCGAAAGGGAUGGCGACCGUCUCUAGAGUGGUCUUCUUGUCGCUGCCGAACAGCUUCCUCUCAGUGAUGGUCAGGUUGACAAUGGCCUCGUCCUCAGUCAUAUCCACCAGGAGCGCAUCGUCGAUGACAAACAGACCAGCUUGCCAGAAAUUCGCCUUGGUCAUCCGCUCCUUGAUGUCCGCGUCAAGACGAGAAGCAUACGCAACCAAAUCAUCCUAAGAAACAAGCAAAGCAAGCAGAACGACCAAUGAGGGAAGCAAACACAGCCAAUCAACAAACAAGCAUCAUGCAGCUUCUUUCACAGUGACUGCGCACCUUGUGUUUGGUGUUCAUGUACUCAAGUAGAGUGGAUCUGUCCUUCUCGUUGAGCUGCAGCGAUUGCCUGAACGUCCCCGCAUAGAACGGCGAGGAUGAAGCUGCACCGAUCUUUGUCCUGGCGCCACGCCGCCGCAAGAUCAGCCCUGAGGCAUGAGUAAGUCUCCAUUGCGGCACAGAGAAGCAACCAGCCAGCGCAGCACAGCUGCAGAGGGUGCUGAGCCACACAAGACUAACUCUGCAGCUCUGUUGGCCCUUCGCAAUGAGUCCGCUUCGUCGCAUUGCGUUGCGAGCC